AAACGGGAAGCGAGCGGAGACUGCCGCUAACUUUUUUGUUGUUGUGAGACAGAAUCCUACCUACUCGAGAUUCGAUUCAAAUUAG